GGUAAACUUCUAGUUGUCGGUUAGUUCUCUUAUCAUGGCCUAUUUGCCAAGGCCUACAAUAACUUAUUACGUCAAUUUAGUCAAGAGAUUGGAAUAUUCGUGAGUGCUGAACUAUUCAGCCGCACAUUUUUUUUAUAUUCACAGUGAAAGAUAUGUCUGAGGAUCGGGGAAUACCUGCCGUUGAUGGAAAACCCAGCGUCGUUGCUACCCAAAUGAGUAAACUCGACUGUCGAAAUCACCGGGACAGUCUGACAUCGCUCUUCCAUUACUCAAGUACUUGGCUAAGUAGUUACUGGGUGAUGAGUGUAAAAUAAUUCGGAAAGGUGUGUGAAGUAUUUUUCAACUACAUUACUACAAGUUAUAGAAUCGAAAUCAUGGUGAAGUGGAUAGUUCCGGCAGCUUUCUUAUUUGCAUUAAAUUUAUCUGCUGAACGUUAUCAACGCAAAAAGUUCGUAAAAAAUUUCUAAAGUCAUGAUAUCGACAAUCGGUUGCAAUAUGCCGUAGAAGGUAUAUGAUAAAAAAACAUAUCCGAAAGACCCAAUUCUUGAAAAACUUCAAGCAUCAAUAGUCAUUAAUAUACCUGAAGAUGGAGAGUACCGGACCUUAUCGUCCACCUACCCUGGCUUCUCCGAAAAGAACGAAGAUUUCGCCAAUCUUACAAAGCACCCCUGCCAUCGUCCCUGCAAGAAUCAUUCUAUCCCCAUGGAAUGUUACUACUCCUUCAAAGUGGAAUCAUACAGAACCAUGAGUAAAGCUUGCUACGAUUGUCCUCAGAAUAUCUCACAUUGCUUUCUUCCUGAUUGCAUUGCAGCCGAUGGUUUCGAACGAUCACUACAGGUUGUAAAUCGUCAGUUGCCCGGCCCUCCCAUUGAGAUUUGUCAAGGAGACAGGCUCAUUGUGGAUGUAACAAACCUUCUAUUCGCGGAGACUACAUCCUUGCAUUGGCAUGGUCAGCAUCACCGCACCUCACCAUAUAUGGAUGGUGUUCCUUACAUCACUCAGUGUCCCAUACUUCCAGGUUCAACAUUUCGAUAUCAUUACACUGCAGCAACUUCCGGAACGCACUUCUGGCAUUCCCAUUCAGGAUUUCAAAGAGGUGAUGGAGUGUUUGGCCCUCUAAUCGUCCACCCGUAUGAAAAUAGAGAUCAUCAUAAAGAGCUUUACGACAUCGAUGAACAUAUAAUUACGAUACUUGACUGGGACCAUAUGAGCGGCAACGACAAAUUUCUCGCUCAUCAUCAUUCAACUGGGAACAAUAAACCCCUAAACCUUCUUGUCAAUGGAUUGGGACCCUAUGACUCAAAUCAUAUUGACGAGAGGAUUCUCAUGAACAUGCCCUAUGCUGAAUUCAUCGUGGAUCAGGGACUCAGACAUCGAUUUCGUCUCAUAAAUGCUGGAUUCCUCAACUGUCCAAUUGAAGUAUCGAUCGAUAAUCACACAAUGUAUAUAGUGAGCACCGAUGGAAAUGACAUAAAACCUGUGAAAGCAAGCUCACUAGUGACUUACGCAGGUGAAAGAUUUGAUUUCAUAGUGGAAAUGAAUCGACAGAUCGAUAAUUACUGGAUACGUUUUCGUGGAUUGAUGGAUUGCGACGAGAGAUUUUUAAACGUUAAACAAAAAGCCAUUCUAAGGUAUAAAGGAGCAGUCAAGAGGCUGCCCGAGGAGAAUGAAUACCGGGUUAAUUUCAGACACGAUAGUGAUGUUAACAAUGAACCCGCCGUGGUAGUAAAUGCAUUAAAUAAGGGGACUGAAUCGACUGACAUAAUAAGUAUCCCUCUGCUGAAAAGUGUCGACCCUGACGAUGAGGGGAAUCUCGUAGAACCAGAUUAUCAAUUCUAUUUGGCUUAUGAUUUUUAUGAUAAAAAUAAUCCGCAUUUCAAUCCUAAGAAUAUAUAUAGUUCCCAUCAGGUUGCUGCACGAAUAUUCACUCCCCAACUAAACCAUAUAUCGAUGAAGUUACCGAAUUUCCCACUGCUACCUCAACGCAAUUCAAUAACACCUGACCAAUUCUGCAAUUCGUCAACAGUAGGUGACUGCAAGCAUAAAUACUGUGCGUGCACUCACGUCCUCCAAGUAAAUCGCGGCAGUGUUGUAGAACUGGUGUUGGUAGACGAAGGCGUUACAUAUGAUGCAAAUCAUCCAUUUCAUUUACAUGGAAGUGCAUUCCGAGUUAUAGCGAUGCAACGAAUUGGAAAAAGUGUGACUGUUGACCAGAUCAAGGAGCUGGAUGCAGCUGGCCGCAUUGAAAGACGGCUGGAUAGUGCUCCUAUAAAGGACACAGUUACUGUGCCCGAUGGGGGUUAUACGAUUGUGCGAUUCUACGCUGAUAAUCCAGGUUAUUGGUUACUUCACUGCCACAUCGAGUUUCACGUGGAAAUAGGUAUGGCGGUAAUAUUCAAAAUCGGUGAACAUAAGGAGAUGAAAUCAGUACCUGUGGAUUUUCCCGAAUGUGGCAAUUGGAAACCAACAGGCCCUCCCGAAUUUGUUGCGAAGCCAACGUUUGCCCCCAACAACCCUGUAUAUAACGAAGUACUGAUACCAGCAAAACAGAACAUAAAUUUGAAGGACCUUGAAUAUUUAUCAUCAUCGAAUACCCUCCCCCUAUUUUUCCAAAAAAUGGUUGUGUUUAUUACUAUCACAGUUAUGAUGUUAUUUUAGGAUUACGUAGUGCUAGAUAUUCGAAGUGAUAUUUUUAUAUUUGCUUACAAUAGUAUUGUAUGGAUAAAAGUAUUGCAAUUAUCAAUUACUAAUAAAACUUUAAAAUAUUGCA